CAGGUCUCAGUGCUUCUGUCGUGAUGAAGUGUCUUUGUGUCUAAACUUCACUACUGAUCUGUUUUUUUUGCUCAUGGGAUGAUGAGAUCCCCCCUUUGUGUCAAACCCUUGUAAGAGGAGGCAGGAAACAGUUAGUUCUCCCCUCAGGCUUCUGAUGCAGUUAGGAUUUUUUUCAAGGAAUCAUAGGAAAACCGCAAAACAACUUAACUGGAGCCGAACCGUAACAAAUCUCCAGUGAUGUCAUUCACAUGAAUAAUGCACGUCGAUGGAGCACAUCCGUGCGUUGCUGUCGCGCUGUAGGAUUUUCAUGGAAGGAGCGUCUCUUUCUCGUUGCAGCCCGUGUGAUGUGCGGAUAUUUAAAUGAGCGAGCGCUCGGCUGCGGAGCGGAGCGGAGUCGCAGCAUAUUCCGCCGGGAGUGAAGCGCCUCCCCUUUUAUCGCUCCGUUGACUUUCUGUCGGCGCCGGAGUCGCUUCUCUUCACUCGCACGUUCGCCGUCUGUCGACGGAGGGACUCCGCGUUUUUUUUUUUUGUGUGUGGCUCCAGCAACGCGCGCGUCGCCUCCUGUGCCCUCGUUUGUCCCGUGGAGGAGAAGGCGCCGGCAGCGGACGCGUUUGUCGCUUCUCUGCGCCGCUUCAUUGUCGUCGGCAUGAAGAAACGCGGAAUAAAGCGUCCAAAGUGGCCGAAGGACUGAAGAGGCUGCUUCCUGCUCUUUCUCCCGCGCACCAGCACCGUUGGCAGCAGAGCUGUGAUGGCCAAGUGGCUGAAGGACUACCUGAGCUUUGGCAGCAGGAAGGUCCCUCCCCCGCCGCCCACGCCAGACUACACUGAGAGCGAGAUCCUCAAAGCCUACCGUCUCCAGAGGGACCUGGACUUUGAGGAUCCCUACGAGGACUCGGAGAUCCGGUCCAGGGCCGAGUCCGGCGCCUCCGACCCGGCCACGCCGGUCUACGGGUCUCCCAUGAAGUCUGCCGGCGUGGACGUGAAGUCCCCGAAGCACAGGCUCAUCAAGGUGGAGUCCCAGGAGCUGGGACGCACCAAGAUCCUCCUCAGUGCCGUGUCUUUGGAGGACCAGCAGGAGCCCGUGGUGCCGUCGGCUCCGCUGGCAGGGGACACGGAUUAUUCAGACCCAUUCGACGCUCGCUUGGACCAUCGAGCAGAACCAGACCUGGGGCCGAUUCCCUGUGAGAACAAUGGCUACAUGGAACCAUAUGAGGCCCAGCGGGUCUUAACAGAGCUGCAGCGUGGCCCAGGAGGAGGACGGGUGCGGGGCGGGGUGCAGCUCUACGACACCCCCUACGAAGGCAAGCGAGGGCAGCGCCUGGGCCUGAUGUACGGAGAGCUUCAGGAUGAGGGCAAGGAGAGCGGCAGGCUGCCUCAGGAUGACGAAAGGCCCGCUGAUGAGUAUGACCAACCCUGGGAAUGGAAAAAGGACCACAUCUCCAAAGCAUUUGCAGAGAUGAGGGAGUUGUCGGAGUUGCCCUGGCCCGCCCCGGUGGGUCAGCUGGAGGAGGAGCCCCCCGUCAGAGAGCAAGUGCAGUUUGAUGCCGCAGAGUGGGAUCGCUCCUCGCCCCCCGCCGAGCGGCUGCACCCUGUGGGGCCCAGGUCCAGCCCGUUGGCGGGCGGGAUGAAGUUCCGAAUGCCGCAGGAGAACCUGGCCGCGGUGGGAGAGAGGGUGGACCCGACUCUGCCUCUGGAGAAGCAGGUAUGGUACCACGGAUCUCUUUCUCGCUCUGAGGCCGAGUCCUUGCUAACAUUGUGCAAAGAGUGCAGCUACCUGGUGAGGAACAGCCAGACCAGCCGCUCCGACUACUCCCUGUCCCUGCGAAGCUGCCAAGGAUUCAUGCACAUGAAGUUCACCCAGUAUAAAGACGGCAAGUACGUGCUGGGACAGAACAGCCCUCCGUUUGACACCAUCCCAGAGGUGAUACACUUCUACACCACACACAAGCUCCCGAUCCGAGGCGCCGAACACUUGUCCCUGCUGUUUCCCGUUCUGGUGCAGACGCUCUGACCUGGACGCCCCCCCAGGACCUUCUAUUAAUAGCGACUGGACUCACUUUUGAUGCUGUCUCUCCGGUUGAGUGCUACCGCUUUUGUUCUUGGAUCAGACUGUGUUUGAGGAUUCAGACCCCCCCCACGUACAGUACAGUACCACCACAUCUGCGCCAAGUGUCUCUGAUGUCUGGAGGGAAAAUUGGACCUCUGCCGCGACUCCUCUCUCUGAUUGUCGUGCUUAAGCGAGUGGACAGACUUCAGGACACAUAAAACUGUCCCUUUGCUAUUUAAGCUUCUGCGCAGACGACUGGGUUGAAACGACUGCUCGCCACAAAAACGCCACCUCAUCAUAACCAACCAAAUGUUGCUGUUGUUACAACCUUGCAGGUUUUAAUUUGUCAAGUUUCUUUCUUCUCAGCACCAUUUAAUUAAAUGAAUUUACCUGCGCUAAGCUCGUUAAAGCCCUUCGGUGAAUGCCGAGAAGCAAUAAGGUUCAUCAUCAGCAGCAGCAGCAGCGAGAGCUCACACGCUUUUCUGCACAGCCACCGCCUUCGUCGACUCUGCUCUGUUCCGUCAUGCUGCUGUAUCUUAAGGUUCUGCUUGACACUUCGCCGUGUUACUUGUUGAUUGUUCGUCGUAGCCACGGAGAAGCUCUGCUGUAUUGGUACUUGUGUUGACCUCGCUGGCCUGUGUCUCUUGUCGGUUGCAUUUGGUUGACAAUGCUGGUUUUGAUUAAAUAACAAAUAAAACAGA